AUCCCAGCCUUAGCGUCAGUCGCUGCCCCUCCCGCCCGCGCCGCACAAGACAUAGAUAGAUAGCAUACAUAAAGAGACAUCCUACAAGAGAUAUCAUGGCCGACGACGCCGCCACGUCUGCGGAGGACGCGCAGAUCACCUUCAACGUCAAGGCUGCAAACGACCAGAAGCACGUCAUCACUCUGCCCAGCACCACCACAGUCGCCGAUAUCAAGGCCAAGCUAUCGACGCCAGAAUUCGCAGACAUCCCCGCCGAGCGCCAGCGCCUCAUCUACUCAGGUCGCGUGCUAAAAGACGGAGAUACGCUUUCGAGUGUCAAGAUCAAGGAUGGACACACCGUACACCUCGUCAAGGGCGCCGCGAGCAAUGCGAGGCAGAACCCCGCCAACCAGGGCACGGCGAGCACCACGGGCGGCAGUAGUACCCCGACCCCCCAGGUGCCGACCAACAUCGCAGCAGGAACCGGGAAUAAUCCUCUCGCGGGACUGACGGGUGCGCGCUAUGCCGGCUUCCACGGCCUGCCUGGCAUGGAUACGUUUGGGCCUGACGGUGGAAUGGGCCCGCCGCCAACCGCAGACUCUAUGCUCGAGUUGAUGGAGAACCCAAUGUUCCUGUCGCAGAUGAACGAGGCCAUGAACAACCCCGCCGUGGUCGACAUGAUGAUGCAGAACCCCAUGAUCCGCAACAACCCCAUGCUCCAAGAGAUGUUAAGAAAUCCCGAGAUGCGCCGCAUGAUGUUCAGCCCCGAGAUGAUGCGCAUGCAACUACAAAUGCAGCGUUCCAUGGGUGACCGAGACGGUGGUGGAUCGAGCUUCCCAGCUCCAGGCGCCACAGACAACACCCCACAGCCAAACUCCACCGCGACGCCAAACCCGCCGAAUGCCGCUGGAACACCAAAUCCUUUCGCAGCAUUUGGCGGAGCCGGCGGCGCUGGUGGCAAUCCGUUCGCUCCACAGGCAAACCAAAACACGGCCGACACAACCCCAACGUCCGCGUCACCACAGAAUACACAGGACGCCUCAUCGGCUCCCCCGAAUACUUUCCCCAACCUCUUCGGUGGAGCACAAGGCGGGCAGGCGAACCCUAUUGCAGAAGCAGCUCGAAACCUCAUGCAAAACCCCGAGGCCAUGCAAUCAAUGAUGCAGAUGAUGGGCGGUGGCGCAGGCGCAGGUGCAGGUGCAGGCGCGUCACCUUUCUCUGCAUUUGGGCAGGCACCUGCUUCAACGACACCUGCGACGGGCGCAGGUCCUAACUCGCCGCCCGCCAACAAUCCCUUCGCCGCGCUCUUUGGACCCGGAGGCUUCGGCGCGGGAGGCGGCUUCGGCACACCUCCGCCCGUAGACAGCCGGCCGCCAGAGGAAGUAUAUGAGACGCAGCUCAGGCAAUUGAACGAAAUGGGUUUCUACGAGUUUGACAGGAACGUGUCGGCUCUGCGGAGAAGCGGUGGCAAUGUUCAAGGCGCAGUCGAGUAUCUCCUCAACGGUGGAGCGUAGAGUGUUCCUGGGCAACAUCAAAUCAGGUCCAUGUGUCUUAGUCGGAGCGAGAUGGAGGGUAUUCUAAGAUGGGAACAGCGGGAGGCGCGGCAGCAAUUCGAAUCGGACGACUACGGGAGCGACCUCGAAGGCACAUCAGAAUGCUAUGAUAGCGAGGAGGAUUGGUCUUUCUCUAAUGGGGAAGUGGUGGAGAACGUACAGUAGGCGAACCAGGAAAGAAAGUCGGUGGUCGAUCGACGUAAUGUCCGGUAUGCAUGCAUUUGGCCUCCGGUACCAACAUACCCCAAGAUACCAGUAGGCAGUUCAAUGGCUAUAUACAAAGUCAAGCAAGUGUAUGUGUGUGUGUGUGGUGAUGCUCCAUGUAGACAAUUUCAAUAUGACAUGU